GGACGGGGUAUCAAGAGGAGCUUUCUGCCGAUUAUUCAACUGAGUUUGCCUCUCACUUGAGACCGAGAACGUAUCGGUGCUUGUUCUCUCUCCGAGAUGGAUCUUCUUUGCCAACUUUUGCUCCUUUGUCUAUCGUAUCCCAGUUGUUCUGAGGGUUAUCAUUACACAUCCGGAGGGUCUCUGGCGAACGUUAGCUCCGAGGAUACUUGCUCUGAGAUUGUUCAGAGUCUGCACGACGUGAUAGCGACGGCCGAGUGUCACCUGGCAGAUCCCGCCGAGUAUCCGCCACACUACGAUGUGCAACCGCUGGAGGAGUUCGACUACAUCGUGGUGGGCGCUGGGUCUGCCGGCUGUGUCGUGGCCAGCAGACUGUCUGAGGAGAAGAACUGGAACAUUCUCCUGCUGGAGGCAGGGGGGAACCCGACCAAGACUACGGAGGUGCCAGCGUUCAUGCUCUACCUGCAAGGGACCAGCGUCGAUUGGGCCUACAGAACGGACGAGGAAGGGGAAAACUGUCUGGGGAUGUCAGACAAAAGUUGUAAUUGGCCCAGAGGGAAGGUCCUCGGAGGUAGCAGCUCGAUCAAUGCGAACCUCUACGUCAGAGGGAACCGUAGAGACUACGAUUCUUGGUUGAACGAUGGAAACGACGGAUGGGGCUAUAAAGACGUCCUGAAGUACUUUAAGAAGUCAGAGGAUUUGAAAGCGUCUGAAGUAUUGUCAAAUAAGGACCAUGGUGUGUACCACGGUGUGGGAGGAUUGCUUCCUGUAUCUACUUACAACAAUUCAGAGCUAAAAGAACUGUUACAAGCUUAUGAGGGUGGGAUGGAAGAGCUAGGAUACAAAUUUAACUCCGAUUGUAAUGGAGAGUCCCAGUUAGGUUUUGUGUCUCUCCAAGGUACGAUUAUUGAUGGAAAGCGUUGUAGUUCUGCCAAAGCUUUCCUCUCUCCAGCGAAAGAUCGAGAAAACCUCAAAGUUUCCAAACAUUCUCUAGUAACACGGAUUAUAAUAGAUGAAGACACCUUAACGGCCACUGGUGUCGAGUUUAUUAACAACAGAGGAGAAACAGUAGUGGUGAGAGCAAGGAAGGAAAUCAUUGUAUCAGCAGGAGCGAUUAACUCCCCUCAGUUACUCAUGCUCUCAGGCAUUGGACCUGAGAACGAACUAACUAAUUUAGGAAUAAAAGUGCUUAAAGAUUUGAAGGUAGGCGAAAACCUUCAAGACCACAUGUUAAUGACUGGGAUUUUAAUAUCUGUAAACUACACUAAACCGAUCAAAUCAGCAGAAGAAAAGAUGUUCGAGUAUCUUAUGAGUUCAUCGGGGAGAUACUCAAAUAUGGGAUUUCUAAGUACAUCGAUGUUCGUAGAUGUCGACGGGGAUGAUUAUCCUGAUAUACAAUUCCACAAUGUCGACUGUGAUCAUGACUCCGAAGAUGAAGUCGAGAGGCUGAUCAUCACUUCGUAUUAUAUAGAUAGGGAAAUAGCACAAGCAUAUAUCGAAGCAAAUAAAAACCGCCACAUAGUCUUGACAAUGCCGACCCUCAUGAGGCAGAAGAGUAGGGGAAGAGUGUGCUUGAACAGUUCGGACCCACAAGACCAACCGAAGAUAAUCUGUGGGUAUUUAACACACGAAGAUGACAUAAACGUAUUUUUAAAGGCAAUAGAGUUUGUGGAGGAUCUGAUUAAUACCAAAGCGAUGAAAUCGAUGGAUGCAAGAUUGCAUAGGAUCGACAUCCCGGACUGCAGUCAUCACGACUUCCCUUCGGAGGCCUACUGGAGGUGUUCUUUGAAGUAUAUGGUGACGACGACUUACCACCCUACGUCGACUUGCAAGAUGGGGCCUUCAGGAGAUCCUGACGCCGUGGUUGAUCCUAGACUGAGAGUCCACGGGAUCAAGUGCCUUCGUGUCGCAGACGCUUCCAUCAUGCCCAACAUUGUCACCGGAAAUACGAACGCUCCUACGAUAAUGAUCGGGGAGAGAGCAGCCGAUUUUAUUAAAGAGGACUGCAGUUAGUUUUAUUAGUAAUCCAUUGUUUAUUGAAUUUGAACACACGUUUUAAGAAACAAAAUGUUAUAUUAAUACUAGAAAAUCAAUAAAAAACUAACAUAGUAUGUUUCAGAUGAUUGAUCUAUUCAGUUAGGAUUCAUGAAAAUUGUAUGCCAAGAUAUCCACGUCGAAUAUCUACAUUAUAACGAUUAUCUUGCAAUUCUAGACAGAAAUAAAAUACAAUAUUAAGAACUGUAACAUUCGGAGCACUUUAUGUUUACACUAUAUAGUACUCAUAUUUUAGAAUAGCAAGGAAUUAAAAAAAGUCAAAUAUUAUUUAAAAAUCAACUAAUUCCUUUAUACUAUUUCUCUACGUUGUAAGCGUUUUAAUAAAUCUCGUUUUGUUUUAAUUAUUCAA